AAACAAACUGCAGCCAGCAGCAUGCAUAUACGCCGGGCGUAUUCCAGCCAGGACAAACGUGAUUUCUUAUCCACCGCUUUCCUUUGUGGCCGUGGAAUAACAUUGCCAUUAGAAAACGACGCUGAACUUCGUUGUAGCCUCUGCUGCAUCGCUGCAACCGAUCCCUCACUAUGGUUUGCUCCAGCCUCAAGGGUGUCACGUUCGAGAAUUGGUCCAAGACGUUCACUUGCAGGCCCGAGCACUUCUUCGAGCCCAAAGAUCAGGAUGAACUGCUCGAGGUCUUGGAUUUCGCCCGCCAACACGGGAAAAAAGUGCGAGUGGUUGGUGCUGGCUUCUCGCCGUCAGACAUCGCAUGCACGUCGGAAGUUAUGAUCAGCAUGUUGCACCUGAACAAGGUCCUGAAGGUGGAUAAGGCACGUGCAACUGUGAAAGCUGAAGCUGGCAUCACAUUGAAAAAGCUUAAUGAAGAGGAGCUUGCUUGGAAUGGCCUUGCUCUCAUGAGCCUUGGUGCUGUUUCCGACAUAACUCUUGGUGGAGCCAUUGCCACUGGUGUUCAUGGUUCUGGGCUCAAGUAUGGUAUAUUUUCAACACAGGUCUUGGAACUUGAGCUCAUCACAAGCACUGGCCAGAGGCUCUGCUGCUCGGAGACAGAGAACAAGGAAGUCUUUUGUGCUGCCUGUUGCGGCCUGGGUUCCAUUGGCAUUGUUAUUACAGCUACAGUCCAGUGUGAGCCAGCUUUCAGACUGCGAGAGGUGCGCUACUCAUGUGAACUGCAGCAGGUCCUAGAGAAUUUGGAUGUGCAUCUGCAAAGUUCAGACCAUUUUCGCUGUUUGUGGUACCCACAUUCAGACACUGCAGUUUGCUUUCAUCUGACAAGAACAAAUGAAGAGAUAACAAAGCCAUCUUUUCUUGAGAGAGUCUAUUACUGGAUUGUGGAGUAUGCCUUUGGGUACUAUGCCAUGGAGUUCCUGCUAUACCUGAGCACAUGGUUUCCUUCCUGGGUUCCUUGGCUCAAUAAGAUGUUUCUGAAUAUUGUCUUUGCACCACGACGCCAGAGGGUGGAUGUGAGCUACCGUGUGUUCAACUAUGAAUGCAGAUUCAAACAACAUGUCAAUGAAUGGUCAAUCCCAAGGGAGAAAACUGCACUCGCCUUACGGAAACUGAAGGAGUGGAUUGAUAGCACCCCAGGUGCUUCUGUGCACAUACCUGUGGAAAUUCGCUUUGUCCAAGUUGACAACAUGUACCUGAGCCCUGCAUCUGGUCGUGACAGCUGCUACAUCAACGUCAUCAUGUACAGGCCUUAUGGAAAGAAAGUGGCUUAUGAGCGUUAUUGGGCUGCCUAUGAAAACAUCAUGAAAAGUCUUGGCGGACGGCCUCACUGGGCUAAGGCUUAUGAUGCAACUUCAAAAGAGUUCCAAGUGAUGUACCCCAACUUCUCCAAAUGGUGUGUCAUCCGGCAGAAGUUGGACCCCCAGGACAUGUUCCUAAACCCUUACAUGAAAAGAGUUCUUGGCUCAUAAAAACUAGUCAAUACCAGUGGUGCUUCGGCUACGGGGAUGGUCAGCAUUAGUCCUUAAUUAGCGGCAGCGCGGGUAGUUGUGGCAUGCGGAAGAGGCUGUGUGCACAUAUUUUGUUCAAUAAAAGAAGUUGCGUGUAA